CUAAAUCAUUAUGAGUGUUUGUUGUAGCUUUCAGUGGCGUACACGUCGUUUCAGAGGGACUUAUUACACACUUUUAUGUCUAGAAAUGUUUUAAGAAAAAUAAUGGGGAAUAAUACCAUUCGAAGUUGACAAUAAAGGGAUCGCAAUUAAGAUUCGCCCAGAGCUCGGAUAGCCUACAAAUCAAUCAAUUGAAUAACUCCUCAAUCCGCAGCGGCUGGUACUCAAAAGUGAUAUUUGGAUCAACGUUGUGAAGAAGCUGCCGAGAUGACGGCCGUUCUUGAUAUCAAAUCAGCGUUAACUUUGAUGAAGUCCGAAAAAUUCGAUUAUGUGGACUUCAGCGACGUGCCCCUGCUCACCCCGGGGAGCAGGGAGAUGAUGUCACAGGCCCUGAGGGCCACGUUUAGCGGCUUCACCAAGGAGCAACAGAGACUGGGCAUGCCCAGAGACCCCAGGCACUGGUCAGAGAGCCAGGUGGGCCAGUGGCUGCUGUGGACAGUGAACGAGUUCAGCCUGAAGAGCGUGGACCUGCACUGCUUCCGUAUGGCCGGGGUAAGUCUCUGUGCCCUGGGGAAGGAGUGCUUCUUGGACCUGGCGCCUGACUUUGUGGGGGACAUCCUGUGGGAACACCUGGAGAUGAUGCAGAGAGAUGUGAGGCAUUUCCCCGUCAAUGGCUUGAUGCCCACAUUCCAGGAGUCCCGGUUCACGUAUGACUACUUUGCCAACUAUGGUACUGAACGUGCCCAGUGCAUCCUUCCAUCGGACAACUCGGAGCCAGGCUUCAUCACAGAGUCCUAUCAGACACUUCUACCAACCACCUGUGAGGACCUGCUGUCAAUCAAGAUUGAGAACGGACAUUCUACUGGCCCACUGGGUCCUAAGCAGGGGGACUACCUCACCAUCAAACAGGAAGUGGUCUCCCAUGACAACAUGUGCAUGGGGCAUGUCAUUCGAGAUAAAAUUGGGGGCCAAGAAUCCUUCGAGAGUGUGGAGAGCCUAGAGGCUUGUGAGCGUCUCACCCAGUCCUGGGGCAGCCACUCCCACUUCUGCAGCCUGCAGCGUGUAGCCUCAUACGGCAGCUUUGACUCUGACGACUACCCGGCCACGCUGCGAGGCCACCCAUCCAAAGGCACCUUCAAAGACUAUGUGAAGGAGCGCAUGGACCUGACCAAAGACAAGUCUGUCAUACCGGCAGCGGCUCUUGCGGGAUACACAGGAAGUGGUCCGAUCCAGCUGUGGCAAUUUCUGUUGGAGCUUUUGACCGACACUUCCUGUCAGUCGGUCAUCAGCUGGACGGGAGAUGGCUGGGAAUUCAAAUUGACCAAUCCCGAUGAGGUGGCUAGGCGCUGGGGCCAGAGGAAGAACAAGCCCAAGAUGAACUAUGAAAAGCUGAGCCGCGGCCUGCGAUACUACUACGACAAGAACAUAAUCCACAAGACGUCUGGCAAGCGAUAUGUCUACCGCUUUGUCUGCGACCUGAACGGCCUUCUGGGAUACAGCGCAGAGGAGAUUCACGCCAUGCUUGACAUUAUGCAGGACACAGAGUGAUAUGGGUGUGGUCUGGCACCACCAGGUAACAUUCAUACUUGUGUAGGACAGGGGUUGCCAACAGGUUGCUCGUGGGCCAAAACCAGCCCUUGAGUGGUUAAAGUAGGAAAUUAUUGUAAUUUUCAAUUACUCUUUUUUUAAUUAUGUUCUGGCAAAAUCAUCCCAAGGCUGAAUCUAGUUGCCUACCUCUGUUGUAGGAGAUCAUGAUGAAAGCAAUUACAAUCACAAAAAAAAACAAGACAUAAUGCAAAUACAAUCAGACUCCUGUCAAGUUGCUGCAGACAAUUGAAGCGAGUGACUUGGAAAUGGACAUGGCCAUCACCCAAGGAGGUUAGAGAAUUUUAUUCAAAUGGAGCACAUGGUAAAAAAAUGUAUGCUUUGGGACCACAGACUGGUGUUUUUCUGUGUUCAGUAUUGUUCUCUGGAAACCACAUUGACAAUCCACAGCCAUUUUAGCAGCCAAGCAUUGGGCUUUUUGUGUCAGUCUCAAAGCAAUGACUCUACUCUUACACAAGGGGCUACUGAAGUCCUUUUGAAUGAAUGAUUUGUUUGAGGACUGCUACAGACAUCCAGGGUAUGAAGGGCAACACUAGUGCUCUAUAUAUCUAUCAAAGCCACCACUGUCAUGUUUCCACCUGCCAAAAAUAUGCCCAAUUUGUCAUAUUUCCCUGACCAAAGACAUGUCUUUUUUUUUAUACUGCACAAACCAUAAUUCACUGUCUCAACAUGCUUUGUCGUUAGUUCCCCUAAAUGUGUCAAGAGCUUUCACAUUUCUAUUGUUACCCUUGGUUGUAUUCACUAGAAAAUAAAUUGAAGAUAAGAGACCAAAAUGGGAGGGACUAGCUGAACCUGUCCAAUAAGAAAAUAAUUUGUGUUGCAAAACUUUUUGCUACAGGUUGUUGCGGUGUGCCCUAUUGAAUACGAAUAGGGGUUAGAAAGGUGUGGAGUACUCUCAUAUGAGGGAACCAAACCCUACAACCAAAUGCUAUCGCAAGGUCUAGAUAUAGAAGUUCAGAAUUAUUUUACAGCAUUUGUGUAUCUUUUUUUUUAUGUAACUGCAAGUUUUAUUUAAUCUUUUUUAAAGUUAUAUUUGAUAAACUAUGAUUUUUUUUUUUAAAUGACAUAUAGCUGGUCCUAUGCGUGGGUCUGUAUUCAUAAAGCGUCCCAGAGUAGGAGUGCUGAUCUAGGAUCAGUUUUUCCCUUUUUUUAAAGUUAAUAUGAAGAUUACAUUGAAAGAGGGGCUGGCUGGCUGAUCCUAUAUCAACACUCUUAGUCUGAGACACUUUGUGAAUAUAGGGUAAAAAAAAGGUGGCAUUAUCCUCUUUCUUGCUUUAUACAAACACAAGAUUUCUUGGCCUAUCGCUGAACAUUAAGAGCAGAGCUUUUAUUAUGAUUGUACAUAAGAAUGUUGUAUACCAAACAGUAUAAACAAAACUAACUGUU